AUGAUUGCGAUUUUGACGAACGAGCCAGCGAGGGCUCUCGGGGAUAAAGUAAGACAAAACCAAGCAGAGGCCGGGAAGGACCCACAUGGCACCAACCGGCAUCUGCUAUGCGCGAUUACCAUGAAGUUUGGAUGUCCUAAGAGUGAUGAAGGAGCAAUAGGCCUUGUAUUUAUGUACAAGGUGUUUGUUGGCGAUGAGGCCAAGUGGACGAAACAAAUGCACGACCAGUAUGGCGAGACGGUUCGACUGGGUCCCGAUCGACUGACCUGCACUACUCCACAAGGUUGGAAGGAUAUCUCAGGCCACAGGAUUGGAGGCCGACAAGAGAACGGCAAAGACCCAAAAUCAGUUCUACCUGAACAUAACGGCAAGUAUAGUUUAGCCACAGUUUUCGAUGUCAAAGAAAACCCGAGACAGAGGAAAGUAUUUACCCAUGCUUUCAGCGACAAAGCACUUAGGCUACGAGAACCUCUUAUCCGCCAAUUUGUUGACAAGCUAAUCGGAAAUAUCACUAAAGCAAUUUCUAAUGACCCAGAAGUCCGCUUCGACGCCGUCAAGCUCUAUAAUUACACGAAUUUCGACAUUAUAGGCGAAAUUACAUUCGGAGAGCCACUUGGGCUGCUAGACACGUCGGAAUAUACACCCUGGAUCUAUGCCAUCUUUUCCAAUCUGAAGAGACUUGCAUUCCUUCGUUUCAACUUAGAGUUUCCAGCAUUUGGAGCAGUAAUAAGAGCCCCGACACCACGAAAAGUCAUGGAAGAUGCGCGAGAUCACUUUGGAGAUUCCGCAACUCGAGUCGACAAGCGUCUUGCCAAGGGUACUAAGGGCGACAAACCUGACUUUUGGGAGCUUACUCUCUCGAAGAGGAAAGACUACCUAACCCAAGGUCAAAUGUAUGCCAAUUCUUCUACAUUUAUGAUAGCUGGGACAGAGACUACCGCAACUCUCAUUAGCAGAUUAACUUCCUUGCUUUUGAAACAUCCUGAUCAGAUGGAGAAGGUAAAAGAAGAAGUACUACCGUACCUGAGUGCUUGUUUCGAAGAGGCUCUGCGUGUAUAUCCGCCAGUGCCUACCACCUUAUUCCGCGUCACACCCGCAAGCGGUGCUGAUAUCGAUGGCAAUUGGGUUGCCCCAAACACGCGCAUUGUGAUCUCAAUUUAUAGCGCAAAUUACUCUGAGCGCAACUUCAAAAACGCAAAAUAA